AUGAAUACCUCAUCAAACUUAGUUUUCAAACAGCAAAUAAUAAUUUUCUCACUUUUACUGAUACAAUCUUAUAUAAUUCCUUUCGUGAUAACACAAGGUCCAACAUGUAUGGAUAAAUACGAGGUGAACACAUGUUCGCUGUGUCAAUUCACUCUAUUCAGUUUAGGUUCUUUGGGUGUAUAUGAUCCUACGUCAGGCACAACACCAAAUAAGUGCGACCAGAAAACUUUAUUCUUAUCAUACCUGCCUUCGUCACCAUCACCAUCUACAAAUUCUUCUUCAAUUUCAAACCCUGUGUCAUCUGUAUCCUCGGGAUUAGACGGUUUCUGUGCUUCAAAAAAUAAUUGUGAUGAAGAAACCGCCGUCAGAUAUUUUCAACAAAUUCAGCAAGAUUGUGAUUCGGAAUUGGCAAAUAAGACUGAUGAAAUGAAUGCGCAAGCCGUUCAAGCAUUAAAAGUCGCUUAUUUUUCCGUUUCAGAUCGAAUGGCUUUAUGCGAAAAGAACUCGAAUGGAGAUUAUUGCGCCGUUGAGAUACUGAAUAACGAGAUUGGAUAUUUACAAACGAUAAACGAAAAUCAAACCAUACUACCUUGCUUGAAUUCAAUUCUUCCACCAAACGGACAAAUAGCAUACAACACCUCAAUGAAUGAUACCAAUUCAACUAAUUCAUCAAUAGUAAAUGCACCGGAUUCAAUUCUCUGUGACAGUUGCUACACGGCUAUAUCGAAUAUUUAUAUAAAUUGGACAUCCAACCAUCCAUUAAACAAAGAUGCUACGCCAUAUAUUUCACAAAAUAUGGAUGAAUUAAAAUCCCAAUUAAUUUCUAAAUGCGGUUCUAGUUCUGUUAAGGUUACCCAAAAUAACACUAACAUCGGUCCCAGUAACAAUACAAAAAACAGUUCCGCUGCUUCUACGGAUAGAAGUGGCUUUAAAGGAGAAAGGAUAUGGAGUUUGGGUUUUAUGUUAGUGCAUGUUUUGAUGGUCUUUUAUUGUAAUAUUUGA